AUGACCACGGUAUCCAUGGAGCCCCUGCUGGUCCUGAUGGAGCGGAUCCCCAACGCCACCGACCCGCCUUUAGACUCCACCCAUUCCUCUCCUGAAGACACCGCCGCCACCUUCACAAUAGGCUGUAUUCUCUCCCUCAUGUGUCUGGUCGGCGUCACCGGAAACAUCUACACCCUCGUGGUCAUGUGUCACUCCAUGCGUUCCGCGGCGUCCAUGUACAUUUACAUCAUCAACUUAGCCCUGGCUGAUCUCCUCUAUCUGUUGACCAUCCCGUUUGUGGUCUGCACGUAUUUCCUGAAAGGUUGGUAUUUCGGCGAUGUUGGGUGCAGGAUUCUAAUCAGCAUGGAUUUUCUGACGAUGCACGCCAGCAUUUUCACGCUGACCAUCAUGAGCACCGAGAGAUACUUUGCCGUGCUGAAACCGCUGGACACAGUCAAGCGGUCCAAGAGCUACCGCAAAGCCAUUGCGGUGCUUGUAUGGGUAGCUUCCCUGGUCCUGACUUUACCCAUGAUCCUCAGCAUUCAGAUGAUGAUGGUGGGGAGCAAGGCCAUGUGCCAGCCGACCAUCUCACCGCUGUCCUAUAAGGUGUACAUCACCUUCCUGUUCUGUACCAGCAUUGUGGCUCCGGGGAUGAUCAUUGGCUUUCUAUACAUCGGGCUGGCUCGUACCUACUGGAUCUCUCAGACAGAAACCUUCAAACAGACCAAGAAACUACCCAACCAAAAGGUCAGUCAAUUAAACUAAGUACCUCUAUGUCAAUCAAACGAAGUAUCUCCCUCUGUCUAACCAUCAUUUAGAUAUGUCAAAGGAAUAGCCUUUGGUAAAACAAAUGAAUGUGAUUGAUUGCUGUGAUCAUGUAAAUCCCUCUAGGUCCUCUAGCUGGUCUAUUUCCAUCUUGUGUUUUUCUAUCCUCUAGGUCAGUGGUUACCAACCGGUCGAUCGCGAUCUUAGCCAACAGCGCAUUCCUAGUUGAUCGGCAAACAUUUCUAUAAAAAAACCUAACGAUAAGCCUUGCGUUCCUAUCAAUGAAUACUGCAAAGAGCUGCUGUUUUUAUGAGUGAGUUCACGUUGAAGUUUUUACUCAGCACUGUCAACACUUCUUUAAAUAUUUGUAUAAGCCAUAAAAUGUGCGUUCUUCCUACUUCGACUCGCAGCACUGCAGCUGCAAUGAAUGAGUAGGAAAUUGUAUCGAUAGGAUUGUAUAGUUAUUAUUAAUGGCUUGGGUUUUUAACCGAGGAACUAAUGCGGUGCGAGAGGAGGACCCUGAGUCUGCUGCCCUCUCCCUCCGCUGAGACUGACCAUAAGAUGCAGGCUCCAUCAGCCCAGUAAAAUAAAUAAAGCGAAUUAUUUUAAUUUAUGCUCACUCAGCUGUGCCUCACAAGUAAUCCAACAGCUGGUCUAUUACCAGUGUGAUCAUAUAGCCUACCUUAAAUGUUGAAAUAUAUAUAUAUUUAUUUAAAUAGCCUGAGAAGAACAACAUUGCAUUGGCAGGGAAAUUCAAGGAAAGUCAAUAUGCGGUAAUAAUGUUUUGGGCCUAUAGCCUACUGCACACACCUCAUUACUACAGCACUGUUUUUAAUAGGUCAAUGUUGUAUAGGCUUAUAUUUUUUGAGUAAUGUUAAAAAUACAUCUGAACGGUAGAUCUCAGCUUGAAUUUUGACUCAGAAGGUGAUCUUGACUCAGAAAGGUUGUUGAACAACUCCAUCUUGUGUUUCUCCAACCUCUAUGUGCUCCAGGUGCUCCAGGUCCUCUACAUAUCUAUUUAUAACUCCAUCUUGUGUUUCUCUAUCCUCUAGGUCCACUAGCUGAUCUAUUUCUAACUCCAUCUUGUGUUUCUCUAUCCUCUAGGUGCGCUAGCUGAUCUAUUUCUAACUCCAUCUUGUGUUUCUCUAUCCUCUAGGUCCUCUACAGAUCUAUUUCUAACUCCAUCUUGUGUUUCUCUAUCCUAUAGGUCCACUAGCUGAUCUAUUUCUAACUCCAUCUUGUGUUUCUCUAUCCUCUAGGUGCGCUAGCUGAUCUAUUUCUAACUCCAUCUUGUGUUUCUCUAUCCUCUAGGUCCUCUACAGAUCUAUUUCUAACUCCAUCUUGUGUUUCUCUAUCCUCUAGGUCCUCUACAGAUCUAUUUCUAACUCCAUCUUGUGUUUCUCUAUCCUCUAGGUCCUCUACAGAUCUAUUUCUAACUCCAUCUUGUGUUUCGCUAUCCUCUAGGUCCACUAGCUGAUCUAUUUCUAACUCCAUCUUGUGUUUCUCUAUCCUCUAGGUGCGCUAGCUGAUCUAUUUCUAACUCCAUUUUGUGUUUCUCUAUCCUCUAGGUCUUCUAGCUGAUCUACUCCUAACUCCAUAUUGUGUUUCUCUAUCUAGGUCCUCUAUCUGAUCCUCACAAUUGUGCUGCUGUUCUGGGCUUGUUUCCUGCCUUUCUGGAUCUGGCAGCUCCUGGGUCAGUUCCACCCUUCCAUCCACCUCUCCAACAAGGCCAAGCGCAACAUCAACUACUUGACCACCUGUCUCACCUACUCCAACAGCUGCAUCAACCCUUUCCUCUACACGCUGCUCACCAAGAACUAUAAGGAGUACCUGCGGAAGCACCAGCGCACCUGGACCGCGGGCAGCUACUUCAACCGAUGGAACCGGUUCCAGCGCUCGCCCAGGAGGUCGCUGUCCUCCAGCAGCCAGCAGUGCACGGAGAGUUUCGUGCUCACGCACACGCACACGCCGUCGCAGCGCACCACCCACAACAGCAGC